AUGGCGGCGGCGGCGCGGCGAUGGUUUGGAAUCGCGGAUUGGAUCGUUGAGCUCAGGUAUCCGAAAGUGCUGGGAUCGCAGUGGGGAGACGAAGGGAAAGGGAAAUUGGUCGAUGUUUUGGCUGAGCAAUUUGAUAUCGUUGCUCGUUGUCAGGGGGGAGCAAAUGCUGGACAUACAAUCUACAACUCUGAGGGAAAGAAGUUCGCUCUCCAUCUUGUUCCAUCGGGAAUCCUUAAUGAGGGAACCUUGUGUGUGAUUGGUAAUGGCGUAGUAGUACAUCUUCCUGGUUUAUUUAAAGAAAUUGAUGGCCUGGAAUCUAAUGGUGUCAGUUGCAAGGGCAGAAUACUGGUGUCUGAUCGUGCACAUUUGCUAUUUGAUUUCCAUCAGAUCAUUGAUGGGCUACGAGAAACUGAACUUGCAAAUUCCUUCAUUGGGACUACCAAGAGAGGGAUCGGGCCUUGUUAUUCUAGCAAAGCUAUCCGGAAUGGAAUUAGGGUUUGUGAUCUGAGGCAUAUGGAUACUUUUCGCGAGAAGCUCGAGAUUCUGUUAAAAGACGCAGCUUCACGGUUCAAAGGUUUUGAAUACAGCAUCGCGAUGCUAAAUGAGGAGGUUGAGAAAUACAAGAAGUUUGCGGAGCGACUGGAGCCCUAUAUUGCAGAUACUGUUUAUAUUAUGAACGAAUCGAUCACUCAGAAGAAGAAAAUAUUGGUAGAAGGUGGUCAAGCUACUAUGUUGGAUAUUGAUUUUGGAACUUAUCCAUUUGUGACCUCUUCUAGUCCUUCAGCGGGUGGGAUUUGCACAGGACUUGGGAUUGCUCCUAGACGCCUUGGUGACCUUAUAGGAGUUGUAAAAGCUUAUACGACUCGAGUUGGCUCAGGUCCUUUUCCAACCGAACUCUUGGGCAAAGGGGGUGACAUUCUUCGGACUGCUGGAAUGGAAUUUGGAACAACCACUGGUCGCCCUCGACGUUGUGGCUGGCUCGAUAUAGUUGCCCUUAAAUACUGCUGUCAGGUCAAUGGGUUUUCAUCUCUCAAUCUCACGAAGCUUGAUGUCCUUUCGUAUCUUCAGGAAAUUAAGCUGGGUGUUUCAUACAAACAACUUGGUGGAAAGAAACUUGAAUCAUUCCCUGCUGAUCUUUCAGUUUUGGAACAAGUACAGGUUGAUUAUGAAGUAUUGCCUGGCUGGAAUACUGAUAUCUCUUCCAUAAGGAGCUACAAAGAUCUUCCUGAAGCAGCUCGCCGAUAUGUGGAGAGGAUAGAAGAGCUUGUUGGUGUGCCCAUUCACUACAUCGGCAUUGGACCAGGUCGUGAUGCCCUUAUAUUCAAAUAAACUGUUAACUUGAUAUUGGUCAUGGUGAGCAAAUAAUUGCCAGGGGAGAAAAUGAUUCAUGUCAUAUUUAUCAAACAAUAGUUUUCUCCUGAUUGUGGUUUUUCUCAUUAGUGCCAUGCUAAUAACGAGAAAAGAUAUGGUGUUGAAACUUCAUAUUGUUUUAACAAAAUUUUGGCAGUGAAUUCUAUAUAAUAUGAUAGUGUCAGAUUA